AUGGCAGAAUUCCCACCACACGGCCUCAGAGAAGCCGCAGAAUCCGUGGCCAAGCUCCUCCGUGACCGCGGCGAGACCCUCUCCGUCGCCGAGACCGCCGCCGGCGGGCUCAUAUCAGCGGCACUGCUGACCACGCCGGGAGCAUCCAGAAUCUACAAGGGCGGCGCGACUCUCUACACCUUGGAGUCACGCAUUGCGUUUGCGGGCUGGACGCAGGCUGAUAUCGACAGCUACGACGGGCCCAACCCGGAUCUGGUGGCUGGGCUUGCGAGGAAUGUGAGGGCCACGCUAGGGUCGACGUAUACUGUGGGUGAGAGCGGCACAGCUGGACCGACCGCCUCGAGAAAAGCCGCAAAUGGACAGCCUGGCUAUGUUGCCCUGGCUGUGGUAAGUGAGAAAAAGACCCUGAGCAGAGACCUGAACACGGGUCUUGGAGGCGAGCGAGCCGGGAAUAUGGUGGCCUUUGCGACGUUGGCGUUGAAACUGGUUGAGGAAUUCAUUACGACGGGGGAGAGCCAGGGUGGGAAGAUGUAG